AUGCAGGUGUUACAUGUAGAUCCAACACAAUAUGACAAGUUGGAGAAGGACUUGGAGACUGCCUUACCUGUAUCUCUGUGUGCUUACAAUCACUUCAAAUUGCUGAAGAGAGGACUACUGACAGAUAAAUCUGUCCUGGUGGACAGCUGGCCAGAUUUUUCUGCUGCUGUUUUCGUUGAUAGCAAAAAAAAUAAGACUGUGCAAUUGGCUAUCAUUUUCUGUAAAGGACCAUCUUUCUGUCAAUACCUAGAAAACCUGUUGCGCCAUGCUUCCACGGCGAUAGCAUCUCCUUUAGUCAUUGCAGGUUGUACUCCGGAUGUGAAGAAUGCCUUGAUAGACUUAUUCAAAUCGACAGAGUCUACUCCAGUCCAGAGCGGAGGCGGUGUUGAUUUUGUUUUUACAUUGCCACCUGAUAAGAUUCUUCCACUAAAGAUUCCAGAUGGAUUCAAGCUAUCCCAUUUACGACAAGAUCACGUGGAAUAUAUACGCAAUUCAUGGCGCUGUAAAGAUAAAUUUGAACUUUAUGGUGACCUCAGACAAUGGAUACGUCAUCAAAUUGAUAAUUUGCCAACAGUCUGUAUUGAAACCGAGGAUGGACGUCCUGUUGCCUGGGAGUUUCAGCAGGAAUACGGUGGAGUCGGUAUGUUACAUGUAGAGUCAGACUACAGAAGACUCAAACUGGGAAGUGUUGUCACAAGGAAGCUGGCUGAGAAAUUGUUAAACGAUGGACAAUUAGUUUUUUGUUUUGUUGGUGUAACAAAUCAAGCAUCUAUUACUUUUCAUGAGAAUAAUGGUUACGUAUAUUUGCCAUUCAAACAUUCUUUUGUAUAUUACAAAUUGUAGUUUUUUUUAAUUCUAAAUUUGUAAAAUUAUUC